AUGUUUCUGUGGGCAGGAAGCAAAGGCGCUCACGGAUCGGGAAGUGAGAGAAGGACCAUCUACCAGAAGAUCCGUGAGUAUGACGUUUUGGACAAGAGGAAAAGGGUGACUGCGCUGAAGCCAGGGGAGGACAGGGCCAUUCUGCUGGGCCUGAGCAUGAUCUUCUUCUCCGUGAUGAUGUACUUCGUCCUGGGAAUCACCAUGGUGCGCUCCUACUCAGAGAGUGUGUGGACAGAGGAGUCCAUCUGUACGGUGUUAAACUCUAGCAUUGUGGCAGAGAUUAACUGCAGUUACAGCUGUGGAGCAGAGUGUUGGAAAAACUCCAGAUACCCCUGUCUGCAGGUGUACGUCAGCCUGAACGCGUCGGGCAGAGUGCUGCGUCUGUCCCACAACGAGGAGGCGCAGGAGACCAACCCAGAGUGUUUUUAUGUGCCUAAGUGCAGGAAGGACUUCUCUGUCAUGCACACCAUGGUGCUGAACAUCUCAGAGCGGCUGAAGAUGCACCAGCAGGUUCCGUGUUUCUACGAUCCGACCGAACAGCACGACAGUGUGAUCCUAAGUCGUCUUUACGACUGCAGCGCCAUCUUCCACUCUCUGUUCUGGCCCACGUGCACUCUGGUCGGGGGCACGCUGCUCAUUGCCAUGGUCAAGCUCACCCAAUACUUGUCCAUUCUGUGUGAGCAAAUCAGCCGGAUCAAAAGGUGA